AUGGCAGCUGCUAAUGAGGACGGACCCGAUCUCAUCAUCCAAGAAGAAAACUUGUCCUGCAUCAAAAUGACCAAGAAUCCGGUCAACCACGGCCGCGCCAAACACAGUGAUAUCAAAUACCAUCACAUUCGCGAUGAAGUCAAGCGCGGUGAAGUGAAGCUUGAAUAA